AUGCACAGCUACAGAGCCAUGCACCCCCACCCCCACCCCCACCCGUACCACACCGCCCCUGCCCCUCCGCCCAAGAUGGGCAGUGGUGGCCAUGGCGGCGGCACUGAGGAUGACAACCAGUCCAUGCUCCUCCUCUCCCUCUGGCCGCCCGGCCACCACCAUGACGCAGCGGCCUCCUCCUCGGCGUGCUCCUCUCACUCCGUGGCCACUGCCGCGCACUCCACCGCGUCUUCGCCCUGGUUCAACCCAAGUCAUGUCUACCAUGGCUGUGGCGUCGGAGGCGGCGGCGGCAGCAACGGCAGCUUCUUGUUCCACGAGCAGGACCCUAACGUGAGCGUGUCGCUCUCCAUCGCCCCUCCGUCUCCGUGCGGUGCCAAUCUGGCUCCCUGCGGCGGGAGCUACGCCUACGCCGCGCCGGUCGCGCCGCCCUCGGCCGCCACGGCGGGCGGGAACCAGGUGCCCAGCCAGUACUGGAUCCCCUCCGCCGCCGAGAUCCUCGUCGGCUCCACCCAGUUCUCCUGCGCAGUCUGCAACAAGACCUUCAACCGCUUCAACAACAUGCAGAUGCAUAUGUGGGGGCACGGGUCGCAGUACCGCAAGGGAUCGGAGUCGCUGCGGGGGGCGGUGACGGUGGGCACGGCAGCGCCGCCGCCGUCGCUGAUGCGGUUGCCGUGCUACUGCUGCGCGGAGGGAUGCCGGAACAACAUCGACCACCCGCGGGCGCGGCCGCUCAAGGACUUCCGCACGCUGCAGACGCACUACCGCCGCAAGCACGGCGCGAGGCCCUACGCGUGCCGCCGCUGCGGCAAGCGGUUCGCCGUGCGCGGCGACUGGCGCACCCACGAGAAGAACUGCGGCAAGCUGUGGUUCUGCGUCUGUGGCUCCGACUUUAAGCACAAGCGCUCCCUCAAGGACCACGUCCGCUCCUUCGGAGGCGGCCACGCGCCGCACAUUAUCGAGUCCGUGGCCGUCGACGAGGACGAGGACGAGGACGACGAGCAUGACGACGGCGACCUGCACCUGUACGACGAGAACGGCAACCCCGGCGACGGCACCGACAUGGUCUUGCUCUAG